GCGCUUGUCAAAAUACGAUUAUAAAAAUUUCAUUUUUCCCGAUUCGAAACGGCGUGAUCACCCAAACAACUAGAAAUAGUCGAAGAGAAAUCUAAAACAUUAAAAUAAAAACACGCAAACCUGUCAAUAAAAAAAGGAGCGGAAAAAGAGAGUGUGUGUGAAAGUGUGUGCAAGCAACAAGAAGCGGAGGCAAAAGAAAAAAAAAAAAACCAAAGAAAAACUUUCGUUAAGUUUGCGUUCCAUGGUAUUUCAACAAUAAAUUCCGCUCGCCAGGCCAAAUUACGCAAAAUAAUCCCCUUAAUCAAAAUGAGCAGCUCCGAGGAAGUCUCCUGGGUCACCUGGUUCUGUGGACUUCGUGGCAAUGAGUUCUUCUGCGAGGUGGACGAAGACUACAUACAGGAUAAAUUCAAUUUAACUGGUUUAAAUGAGCAGGUGCCUAACUAUCGCCAGGCCUUGGACAUGAUCUUGGAUCUGGAGCCGGAGGACGAGCUCGAGGACAAUCCCCUGCAGUCCGACAUGACCGAGCAGGCCGCCGAGAUGCUCUACGGCCUCAUACACGCUAGAUAUAUACUAACAAAUCGCGGCAUCGCUCAAAUGAUCGAGAAAUAUCAAACUGGCGAUUUCGGACACUGCCCACGUGUCUACUGCGAAAGUCAGCCCAUGCUGCCCUUAGGUCUGUCGGACAUCCCCGGCGAGGCAAUGGUAAAAACCUAUUGCCCCAAGUGCAUUGACGUGUACACACCCAAAUCGUCGCGCCACCACCACACCGAUGGCGCCUAUUUUGGCACUGGAUUUCCACACAUGCUCUUCAUGGUGCAUCCCGAGUAUCGUCCCAAGCGUCCUACUAAUCAGUUUGUUCCAAGGCUGUAUGGCUUUAAAAUACACAGCUUAGCUUAUCAAAUUCAGCUGCAGGCAGCAGCCAAUUUUAAAAUGCCACUACGAGCGCAACGUGGUCAGCCGCCCAAGGACGAAGAGCCUGAGAAUAAUGCCGAUACGGUUCCCAAGCGCCUCUAAGCGCAAGCAGUGCAGCCAAGCAGUCCAGCAGCCGAUACACACCCACACAUAGAAACUUGAAUACAAAUACAAAUACACACACACACACAGGCCAGGCCACACUGAGGAAAACAAUUUUGGAGAAACGAGCGAGAAUAUGUUUACGAUAUGACCCAGAUAGACAGGAAGGACCAACAUCAAAAUCUUCAACGCUGGAUUCAAAAGCUGAAGAGCCAUUAUUCACACAUACAGAAACGAAACACACACACAGUCAGCUCCUGUUUGAAAAAUAAGAAAAGAAAAUAGGAUCAGGUGCAGUGCGGCCAGAGCUUUUGCGGAAAAGGUAAAAAGUAAUCUAAUAAUAAAAAAAAACUUAUUCAGUAUAAAUAUACUUUUUUUUUUUUGCCACGAAAUAAUUGUGCAAACAACUGAUUUUGCUGUACAAUUUUUUUCAAAUAUUUAAAGAUCUUUAAUACCAAUUUUAAUAUUUCCAAUAAAUACCAAAAAAGUGAAGAAAAACAAUAACGUAUUGAAAUACUUUUGAGUAAAGAGUUUACAAACUUACAACUCUUAUUCUUUCUGACUUUUAUUAGAUUACUUUUUGCCUAAAUAAGAUAUGCGUUUUAACCUAAAGCUCAGAUGGCACUGAUCAAGUGUAUUCAACUUUAUUCUUUGCAUUUUAUUUACUAAGUGAAAUGAGAGGGGCUAAACCGAUUUAGAAAUAGUUUUUUUUUUAAAUAUUUAGUCAAGUGGCCGGAUUCCCACCUCUGUUCCUCAUUUCUUCCCACAAAAACCCAAUCCGAAACAAUUCCUAUUCCUAGGCUAUUUGCUUCUUCUUCAAAGCGUACUACUUCAAAAACUUGGAAAUAUUGAAAGCUGAAAGCAGAAAACCUACAACAGCAACAACAACAGUAAAAACCAAAACUGAACGUGACCCGAAUUCGAAUUUUCGGUGUUCCCUUUUUCGAAAUACGAGAGUGCAUAUACUUAUAUAGAAAUACAUAUACAUAUAACAUAUAAACAAUAUACCGUUAGCUUAUUUAUAUAUGUACACACAUACACAUCCAGACCUGUUCCCAAAUUCGAAUUGAGUUUAAAUUGAACGAAUACGGAAUUUCAGAUAUUUCCACUCAUCCAAAGAGCCCAGAAAUUUAAAAGUUAUGCGGCGGGGUGAAAUUUCAGCUCUUCCGAAUUCGUUAAAUUCAAGAUCGAAUGCGAAAACGAGAACAGAACUGAUAUUUAAAACAAAAACAGAAACCAACAAAAUAUUUUAUGUAUUUUUUUAAUGUAUUUAAGAAUAAUUAAGAUUAAAACAAAAAAAGAAUGAGGAAGCAGUUGGCGUAAGAAGAUAAUACCGUUAUCGCAGGAAUUAUAUAGAAAAACAAAGAUAAGGUUGAUAUGAUGCGCAAGGAAAUGAUGAUGAAUUUCGAUGCCAGCGAAUGAAGAAAAAACAAUAAAGAUAAUGAAAAC